GAAACAUCUAGCCAUGUUCUGUUACACGUGGUUGUAUGAAAUGUGAUUUAGUUGUGUAUGUUUAUAUACGAACUUGAUAUUCAUAUAAGCAAUUUAAUAAAAAAAUGUGUAGAUGUGUUAUAUAAUUUUUUUAGUUAGAAACAUUCAGUUUAAAAAAAAGCUACUCAGUGUUGCUGUACGAAUUUUCCUAACCUCAAUAUAACCUCAACAGGUCGAGGCCAAUUUUGUUUCUAGAACAUUUACGCUUUUUAUAAAUAAAACAAUAGUAAUAAAUAUUAAUGGCAUCGAUAACCAGUUUAGUGAAUUCCUUUGAUGUGAAUUCGAAGGAAUUCGAAUCGUUGGUACACGAUUUGAUGAUCAAUAAUAGCGACGUGCCGUUUGAUAGCCACGAGGUCGAUACUGUGCAAAAUGCUUUUGUAAAAAGUGUCAAUUCUCGUAUAAAUCAGUCAAAUUGCGAUUUUCUGCCUAUCCUGGACAAUAUCUUGCCCACAUGUUCCAAAGAUACCUUUUCCAAAUACGGUUUAUUUUGGAUUAUUCAUGCCACUAAAGUAUUAGAAAACGUGCACACCCACGCGCGAGAUUUGAUACUGGCAUGUAAGGUGUUGGGAAUUUUGGUCGAGCGAUGCAAGGAAAUCCCAGAAUUGCACAAACAGAUCUCCAUGCAACAUGUGAAACAGCUUAUAAAUAUUCUCAGCUCACUACAACCAAACGCGAAAUGUGGUGCAGUCUAUUAUUUGCUGGCUGUUCUACUUUAUCAUUAUCCUGAAGUUUGUGAGAGAUUUAAGGAAUUGAUUAAGAAAACAAUACUACUACAAAUUGAUUCCCCACAAGAUAAUUUAGUUAAUGCUAGUGCGAGAUGUUAUGUUCUUUUAGCCAAAGCAACAGAACGCUCAUUUAAACCACCACCAUCUAAAUCUAUUUAUACUGCAACAACAUACAACGAAGUGUUGCUUUGUAAUAACUUACAUACUAUAAUGGACGAAUUGUUCUCUGGAUUAAUAGAGUUAGAGAGUGUAGACAUCUGGGAUCAAUUAGAAUUACCAUCCAUUUCCAAUAAAGAUGCGGUACAAUACUAUAAUGGCCAGAAACAGAGAUUUAUAAAUCUGUGCAUAUAUCUCUCCUCAAUGUUACGAGGCUACGAAGUAAGAACUUCUGUUCUACCUCACGAUAUUCUAGGAGUUUUGUGUCGAGGAUUGGCGAUAACGCCAUUAAAUUUGAAAAAUAAAACUACUUUUAAAGAACAGAUGCUAUAUAUGAUUUUACCAAAAUUACAUAUUAGUUUACUUACAGUUUUGGAUACAUUUAUAAAUAGAUUUGCUCAGGAAUUAGUACCAUAUGGGAUAACUAUAUUACAGUUGUUUCAACAAAUGUUGCAAUGGACAAGUGUUAUUUCAGAAAAUCAAACGACAUUUAGUGACAGUAAACCUUUUAGAAAUGUUAGGAUAUACACGUAUAAAUGUUUCUCGUCAUGGCUAAUUAAUACGAAUUCAUUAUCGGGAAUAGAGACAAUUGCAAAUGAAUGUGUUAAAUGCAUAUUGAAGGAUAUAACACCAGAACGAGAAUGUAUAUCAUUCGUGCAACCAAAAACGCAGCACUUAUCUAAACGGGCGAAGAAACGUUUCAAAAACAGUCAGUAUGAAAAUAGUGCAAUUUUAAAUAAUGGCGAAAGUUCUAUUAAAAACAGACGUCUAGAUGCAGAUUUAUGCAAACAGGCUCUUAUUGUUUUGCAGAACAUACUUUUCAGUGGUAGUGUUCUGCUGAAACAAACGUUUUACAAGAACGUGCAGAAUAUUGUGAUCCCCUUAUUAUACGAUCUUUAUCUGGGUUCUACCAAACAAAGUUUUUAUGAAGAUCACAAAGUAUGCCGUUUGGAACUAUUUAAAGUAUUAAAGGCUUUACAAAUGAAUCCACAUGUCACAUUGAGAUUUCCUAUACAAUACUAUCUAGAAAUAUCACGCUUGGCAGCAUAUGAUAGUGAUUUAAGUAUUGCUCAAGAAGCAAAAUUCUCAUCUGCCGAGUUGGAAAAAAUUAUUCAUCCUGCUGCGCCUUCUUUACAGUUACCUCGACAGCAAGAACCUGAACAGUUUGAUGAACUUGUUCCUGAAAAUCAAAUAGAAGAAGUUGCUACUACUAGCAGGUCAGAUAAAAGAAGUAGGGCUGAAGAAGAGCUUCAAGCUACAGAUGCAUUUGUAUAUAAGCGGCCAAAAAUAAUUGCGACACAAUAUACUGAAAUAGUACAGAAUGAAAACGAUAUAGAAGAGACUAAUAGCAUCGAUAUAAAUAAAUCUCAGACAAAUGAUAAUUUAUGUGAGGAGAUUGAAAAAGAAGAGCUUGAAAAUGUAUCACAAGAGCAAGACAAAACGCAAACCGAGAAGCAAAGUCAGCCAGAUACAAUUGUAAAUAUUGCUACUGAAAGUAAAAUGGAUUGUGAAUUAGCUACGAAUAUUGAUACAAGAGAACAACAUGAACAACCUGAAGAUUUGGAAUUGUACACUGAUAAAAAAGAGAAAAGAGUAGAAGAAAGUCCUAAAAUCAGUGAAAAAGCGUCGCAAAAGAAGGCAUCUCAAGAUAGAAAUGUAUCGGAAGAAUUCGACGACGAUGUGCUAGACUCUUUAAAUUUGUUUCACGACGAGGUAAAGUCAAACGAUUAAAUGCUUUUAUUUUAAAUACUUUUGCAAUAAAAAUACACAUAAAGUAAAAA